AUGGGCUUUGGUCAAAGCUCUGAUAUGCAAUCCCUGCAAUCCUUGCCUAGGCUGCGUUGGAGCACUGUGAAAGGAGACGACCAGCUGGUUCAGCAGGGUGUGCUCGAUACCUUGGGUGGUGUCAUGUUGGAGAAUGUCGCUGCUUUCCAUCAAUUUGUCAAUGUCAGCACAAACUCGCUCCACUUCGACCUAGAGAUGAAAGAAGUACGGGACCUUCAGCAGGAUAAGCAGUUGUGGACCUUUGGCAAGAAGAGAUCCUACAAGAGAAAUAAGGAGGAAGCAAUCGUUAAAGGUCCGGGAACCGAUGUGGUACCUGACGAAGGCUCUCUGAUACAUAAGUCAGCAAGUGUGGGAUGUACAGUAAUUUUGGCAGAGUAA